AUGAGCUCAAUUGAGUUGGCGGGCUUGAGCCGCAGGAUCCGCUCCGUGAGGAGAAGUUUGAGAAGACAGCUGGAUGAGUCGCAAGGCUCAUGGAGCGGCCUCUCUGCUUCAUGCGUGAGACAGGCGCUCCUGGUCUACCUUUGGAGCCAAGCAAAGACGUCGCAUCAUGCUUUGGACGCCGCGGCUACCUACCUCGCUCGCGCUGCUCCUCUGGUGAUUGUGCAGGUGGCCGUGUCGGCGAAGGAUGCCUUCGAUGCUUUGUUUGCCGCUACUUCGGCAGCGUUGAUGGCUCGGUUGAGCACAGACCCACCUGCAUCGGAGCUGUACCGGGCUUGUGAUUUCAUUAUACAAUACCUGCUUCAUGAUUGGGUCAGGUCUCAAAAUGUCGAGUAUGGAGUGGCCCCCACAAGGCAGCAGUUAGUAAGACAGGCUUUGCUCUUUGUUCCGGACGGCCUUCCAGAGGCUGUAGAGAACCGCCUGUGUUUGCCUUUCUAUGGUGGCCCUCCAUCCCAACGGACAUAUUUGAGACGUUUUCGGAAAGCUUGGAACGGGCGCAUAGGCACCUUACCUGUCACAGCUUCUUUGCCAAUCCAUGUGUUGCAGGAGAAGGUUAUCAUUGCCAACAAGACCCAGUUUCCCAUCAAAUUUAUGAAGUCUUUGGAUCCGGCAAUCACGGAUCGAUUGAAAAUUUGGCGUGGUGCCACCGCAUGGAAUACUGCUGCAUUCAUGUGUUCCUAUUUGCGUCUUCUACAUGAAAAUUGGCAAUCUUACUGCCCUGAAAAGCCUUUGCCGCUCCUCUUCGACUGUGCUGCAUGCCACCUCCAUUCUACUGUGAGGUCAUUGGCCAAAACAUUGGGGUUGCAGGUCCUAGUGGUACCGGCUGGUGCUACCGGUACACUUCAACCGCUUGAUGCAUAUAUUUUUCGCACCCUACGCUGUGAGAUCCGGCGGCAGUGGACGCAGACAAAGAGCGAAGCUGCUGAAGGUGUUGUUUCCCGAGAAGCAUGGCUACGUGUGAUGGCCACUGCAGUGGAGACAGUGCUUUCGCAUCGAGAUUGGCAGCGGGCUUUUGAAGGAACUGGAGUGACCAAGCAGCAGAAUUGCAUAUCGUCGCAUACAUUGAAAGCCUUGCAAUGGGAUGAGUGUCCAAAGAUUCCAGCUGGGCGCCCUAGUGUGGGGCAAGCAUCGUGUAUCUUCCCAAGCCGCGGUGCUGGAAGUGGCAACAUUGAAGCAUGGGUGAAAGAGUGCGCUGGUGAUGACAGCUUAAUUCCAUACAUCCGAACCUUGAACUGA